AUGCCCCACUCAGUUACCCCCUCCAUUGAACAAGACUCUUUGAAAAUCGCCGUUUUAGGUGCUGCCGGUGGUAUUGGCCAGUCGCUAUCGCUGCUUUUAAAGGCCCAGCUGCAAUACCAGUUGAAGGAGAGUAAUCGCACUGCUACUCACAUCCAUCUGGCUCUUUACGAUGUCAACCAGGAGGCAAUCAACGGUGUCACUGCUGACUUGUCUCAUAUAGAUACUCCUAUCUCCGUGUCCAGCCACUCCCCCGCAGGCGGCAUUCAAAACUGUUUGAAUAACGCUUCUAUCGUUGUUAUCCCUGCAGGUGUCCCUAGAAAGCCAGGCAUGACACGUGAUGACUUGUUUAACGUGAAUGCCGGUAUCAUUAGCCAACUGGGCGAUUCUAUUGCCGAGUGCUGCGAUCUCUCCAAGGUCUUUGUGCUUGUCAUUUCCAACCCUGUUAACUCUUUGGUUCCUGUGAUGGUUUCGAAUAUCCUCAAAAAUCACCCUCAGUCCAGAAACUCAGGCAUCGAAAGAAGAAUCAUGGGUGUUACUAAGCUAGACAUUGUAAGAGCAUCUACUUUUUUGCGUGAGAUAAACAUUGAAUCUGGGUUAACCCCCCGUGUCAACUCCAUGCCAGAUGUUCCAGUAAUUGGCGGACAUUCUGGUGAGACUAUCAUCCCAUUGUUUUCUCAAUCAAACUUUCUAUCGAGACUAAACGCGGACCAGUUGAAGUAUCUAAUACAUAGAGUACAGUACGGCGGUGAUGAAGUGGUCAAGGCCAAGAACGGUAAGGGUAGUGCCACACUAUCGAUGGCUCACGCUGGUUACAAAUGUGUUGUCCAGUUUGUUUCCUUACUAUUGGGUAACAUUGAUCAAAUUCACGGAACCUACUACGUAUCCUUGAAAGAUGCUAACAACGCUCCCGUGGCACCCGGUGCCGACCAAUUACUACCUCUAGUGAACGAAUCCGCUUACUUUGCCGUGCCCUUGACCAUCACCACAAAGGGUGUUUCCUACGUGGACUACGAUAUCGUCAGUAGAAUGAACGAUAUGGAGCGCAACGAAAUGUUGCCAAUCUGUACUUCCCAAUUAAAGAAAAAUAUCGAUAAGGGUUUGGAGUUCGUCGCUUCUAGAACUGCUUAA